AUGAGCGAAGAACGCUGGGUCUCCCUCACUUCAGAAGAAUUUGACCAACUCCAGAAGUAUUCAGAAUAUUCUUCUAAGAAGAUAAAGGAUGUCUUGGCUGAAUUUAAUGAGAGUGGAAGCCUCAAACAAUGUGACUCACAUGAGACAAUUAGCUAUGAUGUCUUCAAGCUGUUCAUGAGGGCAUACCUGGAGGUGGACCUGCCCCAGCCACUGAGCAUGCACCUCUUCCUGGCCUUCAGCCAGAAGCCCAGACAGGAGGUCCCUGACCACCCAAAGGAGGGGACCAGCAACAGUGAGGCCAGUGCCCCAGAGUCUAAUAUACAGAAUGUGGAUAAUGCUGCCAAAGCCGAUGAGGCCUGUGCUCCUGAUAUGGAAUCAGAGAUCACCAAGAAGCAAGUGCCUGGUAACGGGGCUGCAAUCUCCCUGGGAAACCCUGUUGCUCAAUCUUUAGGUUCUGAGCCCCCGACAGUGUACCUGAAGGAUGUUGCGUGUUACCUGUCCCUGCUGGAGACAGGGAGGCCUCAGGAUAAGCUAGAGUUCAUGUUUCGUCUCUAUGAUUCGGAUGAGAAUGGUCUCCUAGAUCAAGCGGAGAUGGAUCGUAUUGUCAACCAGAUGCUGCACAUUGCUCAGUAUCUUGAGUGGGAUCCCACGGAGCUAAGGCCUAUAUUGAAGGAGAUGUUGCAAGGGAUGGACUACGACCGGGACGGCUUUGUGUCUCUACAGGAAUGGGUCCACGGAGGGAUGACCACCAUCCCAUUGCUGGUCCUCCUGGGCAUGGACGACUCUGGCUCCAAGGGGGAUGGCAGGCAUGCCUGGACCAUGAAGCAUUUCAAGAAACCAACCUACUGCAACUUCUGCCACGUCAUGCUGAUGGGCGUGAGGAAGCAAGGCCUGUGCUGUACAUACUGUAAAUAUACCGUCCACGAACGCUGUGUAUCCAAAAACAUUCCUGGGUGUGUCAAAACAUACUCAAGAACCAAAAGGGGCAGCGAGGUGAUGCAGCACGCGUGGGUGGAAGGGAACUCCUCGGUCAAGUGUGAUCGGUGCCACAAAAGUAUCAAGUGCUACCAGAGUGUCACCGCGUGGCACUGCGUGUGGUGCCGGAAGACGUUUCACCGCAAAUGUGAAUUAUCCACAGUGUGUGAUGGUGGGGAACUCAAAGACCACAUCCUGCUGCCCACCUCCAUCUGCCCCAUCACUCAGGACAGGCAAGGUGGGAAGUCUGAUGGUGACGUGUCAGCCAAGGGUGAACUUGUAAUGCAGUACAAGAUCAUCCCCACCCCGGGUACCCACCCCCUGUUGGUCUUGGUGAACCCCAAGAGUGGAGGGAGACAAGGAGAAAGACUGAACUUUUUCCGGGAUACUCCAGAUUUCCGUGUCUUGGCCUGCGGAGGAGAUGGGACAGUUGGCUGGAUUUUGGAUUGCAUUGACAAAGCCAACUUCACAAAGCAUCCACCAGUGGCUGUCCUGCCUCUUGGAACAGGAAAUGACCUGGCCCGAUGUCUCCGCUGGGGAGGAGGGUAUGAAGGGGGAAGCCUGACAAAAAUCCUGAAGGAAAUUGAGCAGAGCCCCUUGGUGAUGCUGGAUCGCUGGCACCUGGAAGUCAUCCCCAGAGAGGAGGUGGAGAAUGGGGACCAGGUCCCGUAUGACAUCAUGAACAACUACUUCUCCAUUGGUGUGGAUGCUUCCAUUGCACACAGAUUCCACGUGAUGAGAGAGAAGCACCCUGAGAAAUUCAACAGCAGGAUGAAGAACAAGCUGUGGUACUUUGAAUUUGGCACCUCGGAGACCUUCGCAGCCACCUGCAAGAAACUCCAUGACCACAUAGAGCUGGAGUGUGACGGGGUUGGGGUGGACCUGAGCAACAUCUUCCUUGAAGGCAUUGCCAUUCUCAACAUUCCAAGCAUGUAUGGUGGCACCAAUCUCUGGGGAGAAACCAAGAAGAAUCGGGCAGUGAUCCAGGAAAGCAGGAAGGUUGUCACUGACCCCAAGGAACUAAAAUUCUGCAUCCAAGACCUCAGUGACCAGCUUCUUGAAGUGGUGGGACUAGAGGGAGCCAUGGAAAUGGGGCAGAUCUACACUGGCCUGAAGAGUGCGGGCAGGAGGCUGGCCCAGUGCUCCUCUGUCAUCAUCAGGACAAACAAGUUGCUGCCGAUGCAAGUGGAUGGAGAGCCCUGGAUGCAGCCACCUUGCAUGAUUAAAAUUAUUCACAAGAACCAAGCACCCAUGAUGAUGGGACCUCCCCAGAAGAGCAGCUUCUUUUCGCUGAGAAGGAAGAGCCGUUCAAAAGACUAA